AUGUUAGAUUUAUUCAGCAUUUUUAGUAAAGGAGGCAUAGUGCUAUGGUGUUUCCAGAGCACAAGCGAAAUUUUUUCGCCUUCUGUGAACGCUUUAAUUCGUAGUGUGAUAUUACAAGAGCGUUCAGGCAACAAUACAUUCAGCCAUAAUGCCUUAUCACUGCAAUACAAACUCGACAAUGAGUUUGAGCUGGUGUUUGUGGUGGCAUACCAGCGCAUCCUGCAGUUAUCAUAUGUGGAUAAGUUCCUCAAUGAUGUACACCUGGAGUUUAGGGACAAGUAUAAGAAUGAACUUCAAGGAGGCCACCACAUAAUGGACUUUGAUUUUAAAACCUCUUUUGAGAAAGUGUUACGGGAUUGUGAGAAAUGGGCUAAAUCGCAAGCUAAGAUUCCAAAACAAAUGAGAACAUUUGAAGACUCGCAGAAGUCCAAAAAGACUGUUGCUUCAAUGAUUGAACGCAGGGGGGAAGAUAAGGGGAAGAAAUCUGUAAAAAUAGUAGAAAAUAAGAACCUAACUAAUGGCAAGGUGGAGGAGUCUCCGGACCAGGAUGAUGAUGUGAUUGCUAUGAACAGAGCUAAGAUGGCUCAGAAACUUGCCUCCAAGGGCAAAAAGGAGUUGCCCAAGAAGUCUCCAAAGAGUCCUAAGGUGGAGCGCGUGAAGCAGCCACGCGUGUGGGAGCUGGGCGGCGGGACACGUGACCUGCCCUCGCUCGACUUCAGCACUGACAAGCCGGAGGACGCCGACAACCAGAUUACGCCUGAUACUCAGCUAGUGGGUCAGAUGACGGGAGCUAUCCGUGACCUAGAGGUGGAAUCUGACGAGAGUAGCAGUGAGGAGGAAGACGAGGGACCCGCGCAGUCCACUCAGAAGAAAUCAGGCGGCAUGUUCAGCAUAUUCAAGGGGUUGGUGGGGUCUAAGGCUCUGACGAAGGAGUCCAUGCGUCCAGUGCUGGACAAGCUUCAGGACCAUCUGAUUGGAAAGAACGUCGCGGCUGACAUUGCUACCAAGCUUUGUGAUUCUGUUGCUACCAAACUUGAAGGAAGGGUGCUGGGAACAUUCGACAGUGUGGCUAAGACAGUGAAGGCGACGCUAACCGAGUCGCUGGUACAGAUCCUGUCUCCGAAGCGUCGCGUGGACAUCCUGCGCGACUGUAUGCACGCCAAGCAACAAGGGAGACCUUAUGUUGCUGCAUUUUGUGGGGUAAACGGCGUGGGCAAGUCCACAAACCUGGCGAAGAUAUGUUUCUGGUUGAUAGAGAACGACAUGUCGGUGCUGAUCGCGGCGUGCGACACGUUCCGCGCCGGCGCCGUCGAACAACUGCGCACGCACACCCGCCACCUCAACGCACUGCACCCGGACUCCAGGCACCACGGACGGAAGAUGGUGCAUCUCUACGAGAAGGGAUAUGGUAAGGACGCGGCCGGCAUAGCAAUGGAAGCCAUCCGUUACGCGACGGACUCUAAGAUCGACGUCGUACUCAUAGACACGGCAGGCAGGAUGCAGGACAACGAGCCUCUCAUGCGAGCUCUGGCCAAACUCAUCAAAGUGAACGAACCAGACAUGGUACUCUUCGUAGGAGAAGCUCUUGUUGGCAACGAAGCCGUCGACCAACUUGUCAAGUUCAACCAAGCUUUAGCGGACCACAGUUCGUCUUCGAACCCUCACGUUAUCGACGGUAUUGUGCUGACCAAGUUCGAUACUAUCGAUGAUAAGGUCGGGGCUGCCAUAUCGAUGACUUACAUCACUGGACAACCGAUUGUGUUUGUCGGUACUGGUCAGACGUACACUGAUCUUAAAGCUCUGAAUGCUAAUGCGGUGGUACAUGCGCUUAUGAAGUGAAUGUAUGGGACUAUAGGGAGUAUAGCUGUGUGUGCUGCCUGUCUUUAAGGACUCAAUAUUUAUAGUUUGAUUGUAAUUUGAUUUAUAAUCCUGUUAUGCAAUGUAAUGUCAAUGUGUUGCUAAAGCACACUUUUAAAUAGAUAAAGAUUUUUCUUACUGAACGCGUUUAAAUCGUCAGCUAAUAAUAAUAACGCAGUAUUCGUUUACAGAGAUGUUUAUGAUAUAUCAAAAUGUAUAUAAAUGUAUUGCUGUUCGUUAAUCUCGCUACAACUCUGAAACUGCUGGACCGAUUUGGCUAAUUUUGAUCUUGAAUUAUUUGUAGAAGUCCAAGGAAGGUUUAAAAGGUGAGAAAAAAUUGAGGCGAUACGAAGUUUGCCGGGUCAGCUAGUAAAUUGAUGAUUUGAAAUCGUGUUUAUAUGAAUUCUUGUAUAUUUAAAGUGCUACAAGCACUUGGAAUAGUCUCGAAAUGAUAAUAUACGAAAAAUAAGUGGUAACAGCACACACAGUUAUAUAGACAGAUAUAUUUGGAAUGUAAUGUAACAAUUGGUGAUAAUUUAGGAGCCUGCGUUCAACCAAUGUGGUGUUGUAUUCACAAAUAAAUGUUUAUUUUCGUA